AUGGCGGUGGGGAUGAAGACGGUUGUGGCGUCGGAAGUAGGAGCUGGAGCCGGAGCCUCUGCGGCGGAGACAGAGAUGGCUGAGACGGCCAUCCUCAUCACCAUCAUUAUGGCGAAAAGCUUCAUCAUCUUUGUUGCCUCCAUGAAUGAGCUCUGCAAUUCAAUUCUCGAUGAAGAUUGUGGGAGAGAAGAGAAUUGUGUCUAUCUCUAA